AUGAGCUUACGCUACGCCAGUUUGGGCAGCGGCAGUUCAGGCAAUGCUUUGGUUAUUGAGACGCGUUGUGCAACACAGACAACGCGUCUUUUAUUGGACUGCGGCUUUAGCGUGCGCGAAACCGAAAAACGCCUCGCACGGCUUGAACUGACCGGCAACGACAUCGACGCCAUCCUCGUCACCCACGAACACGACGACCACAUCGGCGGCGUGGCAAAAUUUGCCCGCAAAUUUGGCACGCCGCUGUAUAUGUCGCGCGGCACGUAUGUGAGCGUGCUCAAUCACAGCCACAGUUGCGCCAAACUCAACGUGCAGUUUUGCGUUGACAACCAACCGUUUCACAUCAAAGACAUUCAAGUCAGGCCAUACACCGUGCCGCACGACGCACGCGAGCCAUUGCAGUUCACAUUUCACAGCCAAACCGUUCAAUUGGGCGUUGUCACCGACAUCGGCCACGUCACCCCGCACGUCAUCAACGCGCUCAAAGCCAGCCACGGCUUGGUUUUAGAAUACAACUACGACGCUCAAAUGAUGGCGCAAUCCACCAAAUACCCGCCCUCGCUCAAACAACGCAUCACAGGCCGCUACGGGCAUUUAGACAAUUUAGACUCGCAACACCUGCUCAAACAGCUGAUUCACGCAAACUUACACCACGUCCACGCUGCCCACAUCAGCACCAACAACAACGACGUGAACAAAGUACAAACCCUGCUCAACGCCGCAUUAAACCCAAGCCAAGUAGCAUUUACGGUGGCGUGUCAGGAUGAAGGAUUUGAUUGGUUUUGGGUGCAAGACGGGGCAAGAAACAUUGAUGCAACACAAUAA